AUGGGUAUCAAGAACCUGUUCCAAAUCCUCAAGGAGGAGGCUCCCGACGCUAUCAAGGAGGGCGAGAUCAAAAACCAGUUCGGACGAAAGGUGGCCAUUGAUGCGUCCAUGUCGAUCUACUCCUUCCUCAUCGCAGUGCGGUCGGACGGCCAGCAACUGAUGAACGAAUCAGGCGAGACGACCUCGCACCUGAUGGGCAUGUUCUAUCGUACACUGCGCAUGGUCGACAAUGGAAUCAAGCCUCUUUACGUCUUUGACGGCGCACCACCCAAACUCAAGUCGGGUGAGCUCGCCAAGCGAUUCCAGCGCAAACAAGAAGCCAAGGAGGGGCUCGAGGAAGCCAAGGAGACGGGCACAGCAGAGGAUAUUGAAAAGUUUUCGCGACGAACGGUGCGCGUGACACGCGAGCACAAUGCGGAAUGCCAGAAACUGCUGAGGCUGAUGGGCGUGCCGUUCAUCAUUGCGCCCACGGAGGCCGAGGCUCAAUGCGCCGUCCUGGCCAAGGGCGGCAAGGUGUACGCUGCCGCGAGCGAGGACAUGGACACCCUCACAUUUGAGACGCCCAUCCUGCUGCGCCAUUUGACAUACAGUGAGCAGCGCAAGGAGCCGAUUCAGGAGAUCCAUCUCGACAAGGUCAUGGAAGGGCUCGGCAUGGAGCGCAACCAAUUUGUUGACCUCUGCAUUCUUCUGGGCUGCGAUUACCUCGAUCCGGUGCCCAAAGUCGGCCCCAGCACGGCGCUCAAGCUGAUCCGCGAGCACAAGACACUCGAAGGGGUGGUGGACUAUAUCAAGAAUGAUCCCAAGAGCAAGUACACGCUGCCGGAGGACUGGCCAUUUCGCAGACGCGCGCGAACUGUUUCUCAACCCAGACGUGCGACCGGCAGACCACCCCGACUGCGACUUCAAGUGGGAGAAGCCGGACAUUGA